AUGAUCUACGUGGAACACUUCUUCGAUCUAAAGGAGGUGGAGCAUAGUUUGGAAACGGGCAAUACAAGCCCACCUGCCUGGUCUCAACGAAGGCGUGUUUUUUUGGCUUCCGAUGACGCAGCGGUCUUUCACGAGGCCAAAUAUCAAUACUCAAGAUACGACUUUAUUGGCCGACUGAGAAACGGAAGUUACAUUUAUAAUCGUACAUCUAGUCAAGGCGUGUUUGACAUGACUCUAGAUCUGUAUCUUUUGAUUGCGACUGACUUCCUCGUCUGUACAUACAAUUCUAACAUUUGCAGACUUUCCUAUGAAGUUUUGUUGACGAAGUCGCCGACUAAUGGUGAUGCGGCAUUCCAGGUCCAGUCGGUGGAUGAAAUGUAUUGCACCCAAUUCAUACACAAGCGGUGGUGGAGAGCCAUUGCGGACUUCGAGCGAGAGGGUGUCAAGCUAGGAAAUCAGGUUUCUAUCGAAUCAACAUAA